ACCCUCGUCACUGAUCUCUGUCCGCCAUCUUAAUCAACGCGGCGCUUUAUUCGUCUCGGAGUCUCUGACCUUUUUGAAAACACCGUAAUAUAAUCCGUUACAUAGUAAGCGUCAGAUCAAACUACACAUAUUCCAGAAUGCAGGCCGAAGAGCAAGGUGACUUCAGCACCGACGAGUUUCUAGAAGGCUCCAAAAUCAACGCCAGUAAAAACCAGCAGGACGACGGGAAGAUGUUCAUCGGUGGACUCAGUUGGGACACCAGCAAGAAAGACCUCACUGACUACCUGUCCAAGUUCGGAGAGGUCCUCGACUGCACCAUCAAAACAGACCCCAUGACGGGCCGCUCCAGGGGCUUCGGCUUCGUGCUCUUCAGAGACGCUGAGAGCGUUGAUAAGGUGCUGGAGCUGAAGGAGCACACGCUGGACGGGAAGCUGAUCGAUCCCAAGAGAGCCAAAGCCAUGAAGGGCAAGGAGCCGCCCAAGAAGGUGUUCGUCGGGGGUCUGAGUCCGGACACGUCUGAGGAACAGAUCCGCGAGUACUUCGGCGCAUAUGGGGAAAUUGAAAGCGUUGAGCUCCCCAUCGACACCAAGACAAACGAAAGGAGGGGUUUCUGCUUCGUGACGUAUGUUUUGGAGGAUCCCGUUCAGCAGCUGAUGGAGAACAGAUACCAUGAGAUUGGAUCGGGGAAGUGUGAGGUCAAAGUUGCGCAGCCUAAAGAGGUGUACAGACAGCAGCAGGGCCGAGCGGACCGGGGCUUCGGAGGAGGACGAGGGGGCUUCAGGGGCCGAGGAAGAGGACAGGGCCAGGGCUAUAAUCAAGGCUACAACAACUACUACGGCCAGAGCUACGGAGGCUACGGCGACGGAUACAACCAGGGCUACAACGGCUAUUCUGGCUAUGACUAUUCAGGAUACAACUAUCCAAAUUACGGCUAUGGACAAGGCUAUGAUGAUUACAGUGGUCAACAGAGCAGUUAUGGCAAGGCCUCGCGGGAAAGCGGUGCCCAUCAGAACAGCUACCAGCCGUAUUGACAAAGUGGCUAAACACGUUCAUGUUCAUGCGGGGACUUCAUUGCAGGCCGUGUGUCGCCUGACCACGUCAUUCUCUGGGCGUCGCACAUAGCGGGCAGAGAGCACGGCAUGCACGAGAAACGCUGUCCUGUGGUAUGGUCUCUUCAAACUUCCUGUACCAGCGUAAAACAAACACAAAGACAAAGGAGAUUCCCCCAUUUGCCUUAAGUUGUUGGUUUCCGUUAACUGUUCCAAAUGUGUUUCUUCCAGGACUUUAUUAACGUAACCUAAAAGUGAUUCAUAACUUCUCUUUUUUUCAAUUGUAGUGCUCUUGUGUUUCAGUUG